AUCACAUCAGACAGCAAAGCAAUAGUUAACAUGUUGGGGAGUUUCCUCUACUCGGAAGUUCUACUUUAUAUGUGGCACCUGUUGCGCGUCUCCAGAAAGUGAGCCAGCCGCGCUCGCGCCACGACAUUCCAGCCCGUCUGCAGUCUCCGGCUCCGGGUUCAGGCUCCAGUCCAGUCCGUGGUGGUUUUCUGGGCACAGACUGGAUCAGGUUGCGGGACUCCCUCCCUGCUUCUUUGUGCGUGAGCUCCGGCUCUAAUGCGUAAAGACAUGCCGGGAUUUAUGGGACGGAGAGUAGAACGCACUGUGGGCGCGCACGCGAACCAUAGUGCGUGUUGGCGCUUGUAAUGAUCUGGUGCCGUGGAUAAUACGCGUGCCAAAGGGCGAUUUUCCAUGUAAUGCCAAGACUGAAAGUUUAAGAGCAAACUUCGUUCAGCCCGGAAUCCAACCCUGAACAGAGGCGACAGGUGUUCGUGCGCGUGCACUGCCCAGAGGCGGCAGGUUGGAGACUAGACGAGGACUGUUCUCAUUCAUCCAGUUGAAAUUUCAUUUCCUACUGAAGGACUAAUAAUCAAGAUUAUGCGAGUUCCGCGCAGCGUCUGUCCGCCCCGAACGUGCCCAAGCGCGCACUGGAGUCCUCCCAACCCCGUGCGCGUGUGCUGAUGCCCAUCCGCCCGUCCGCAGCGCUGUGUGAUCGCCAACUACAAGUCAUCCAAAUGAGCCUGUCAUUCAUUUUCCUGCUGGCAUCGCUUCUCCAACAGUAUGGCGCGGGAACUGAGUCCAGUCACGUCAUCAAGUCUCACCUUCCAGGUGUGAAAGAGCAAAACGGAGUCCAAGAUUCCCUUCAGGAAAAGGUCAUAACAGUGUCUGGAGAGGGAAUGGUUCACAGCCCAGACUUCCCACACACCUAUCCCCGGAACAUCGAGUUAGUCUGGAGACUGGUGGCCACUAACAACAUGAGGAUCCAGCUCACGUUUGAUGACAGGUUUGGGCUGGAGGACCCUGAAGAUGGAAUUUGCAAGUACGACUUUGUAGAGAUCAAGGAUCCGGCUGACAAGGGGCUCCCGGGUCGCUGGUGUGGGUCGGCGCCGGUGCCAGCAAGCCUCAUCUCCAGAGGCAGCCAGAUUGUCAUUCGCUUCAUCUCUGAUGAAUAUUUUCCCUCUGACCCAGGGUUCUGCAUCCACUACUCCCUUCAGUCCACGAGUACCUCAGAACCGGAGCUCCCUGCAGCUCCUCCCUCCUCCAUGCAGGAUAUGGAUGAGCUCUCAGAGACUGUGGCGGGGCUCAGCACCGUGGAGGAGGUCAUGAAGUACCUGGAACCAGAGCGAUGGCUGCUGGACAUGGAGGAGCUGUACAAACCUUCAUGGCAUGUGCUGGGGAAGUCAUUCAUCCACAACAAGAAGCCUCGAGGAGGAGCUGAUCUGAAUUUGCUGAGGGAAGAAGUUCGACUGUACAGCUGCACUCCCCGCAACUUCUCUGUGGUUUUGCGUGAAGAGCUGAAGAGAACAGAUGCCAUUUUCUGGCCCAGCUGCCUCCUGGUGAAGCGCUGUGGUGGGAACUGCGCCUGCUGCUCUCAGCGCUGCUUCAGCUGCCAGUGCAGUCCUGCCAGGGUCACAAAGAAGUUCCAUGAGGUUCUUGUGCUGAAGCACCGAGGGGGUGGGAGAGGCCUGCAGAAGUCCCUGACUGACGUCCCCUUGGAGCACCACGAAGAGUGUUCCUGUGCGUGCCGAGAAGACUCGGACUAACCUCAGACAUGUGUAACAGCUGCCAAAAGAGGACUUCAGGCAUGAACCCCUGCCGCUGUUCUGUACCUCAUCCGCUUCCACUGGGACCUAACAAGAUUCUCCCUUUAUCCUGUUGUCCGUUCACUAAUUGGAUAAAGCAGAACAAACUGGAAUCUAAUAAAUCUCCUGAAUGGUGUGGCCUCUAUGGAAUACCAAUGGUGUGCUUUGAUGGAGGAGACUGAAACCUGUGAGUCCCAAAGACUUCCUCUUCUUCAUCGAUUGCAGGAUUAGGACUUUCUGAUUCUUUUAUUCUAUUUUUUUUAUAUUUUUAGUUUGGGCUGAUAGUGUCAUGGAACAAGGGAGCUCCUGUAUUGUCCAAAAAGAAUCCUCAGCUUCUCUUUUAUUUAUACUGAAGCAAACGAUAGGUGCUGUCAAGAAUUGUUCUGCUUUGCUCUUCUCUUGCUCUGCCACAGAUUUAAUCAGUGGUUAACUGCAGCUCCAUGAGACUGAAUUACAUGUAAAUAUUUUUAACUUUCACUGUUUUUAUUUUUUAUGCAAAAAAAAUCCACUUAAUACAGGCUGUACAGUAUAAAUCCAUUGGAGAUCCUUCAGAUAAAAGUUCUGCAAGAUUCUUGCACGCAUUGUCUAAUGUGCUAAUUGUUUGUAUCAAGUAUUUAUUUGUCAAUGACAGGGAAUUUAGGACAAAAUGUUUAGCUUUUUUCACAAAUUCCACUGUACUAGUAUUAGUCUGCUUUUUUGUAGCCUUUCUUAGGUUUCAUCAUGGAUGUUUUUUAAUUUUUCUCUACACCAAAGUUAUUUAUCUUUUUUGUGUUUUUUUGUUUGUUUUUUUGCUCCUGCAAUAAAUUCUUUCAUUUCUAA